CUCACCCAUGCUUCCUGGCUUCACUCACAUGCAGAGAGAAGGAAGUGCUGUAGAGUCUUAUUCAACACAUGAAGCUGCUCUGUCCGUUUUAAAUCCUACCGGAUUGGAUUUGGGAUAUCUUGAUAUCUCCUGCUGCGUGUGACAGAUUGAAACUAGGAAACAGAAUCAGAGCACAGUUUGAGAUACUUUUUCUUUUUUUUUUGUUGGUGGUAUUUUAGAUCCUCUUCUAUCUGUGGCAGAGAGCGUGUGUGUGUCUGAGUGAGUCUGCAUGUGUGCGUGAGAGUGAACGAGGACCAGAAUGAUUGCAGCCCAGCUACUAGCCUAUUACUUCACUGAGCUCAAGGAUGACCAGGUUAAAAAGAUUGACAAGUACCUGUACUCCAUGCGUUUCUCUGAUGAGACAUUACUGGACAUCAUGCACAGAUUUCGGAGGGAGCUGAGCAAAGGUCUGGGUCGGGACACCAAUCCCACCGCUGCGCUGAAAAUGUUGCCAACAUUUGUGCGAUCAAUCCCUGAUGGAUCAGAGAAAGGAGACUUCAUUGCUCUAGAUUUGGGAGGCAGUAACUUCCGGAUCCUCCGUGUCAAAGUGAGCCAUGAGAAGAAGCAGACGGUUCAGAUGGAGAGUCAAAUCUAUGACACACCGGAGGACAUCAUUCACGGCAGUGGAACGAGACUGUUUGAACAUGUGGCAGAGUGCCUCGGUGACUUCAUGGAAAAACAAAACAUCAAAGACAAGAAGCUCCCGGUCGGUUUCACCUUCUCCUUCCCCUGUCAGCAAACCAAGCUAAAUGAGAGCCAUCUGAUAACAUGGACCAAGCGUUUCAAGGCCAGUGGAGUGGAGGGCAUGGAUGUUGUCCAGCUGCUCAACAAAGCUAUCAAAAAACGAGGAAUUCAGGACUAUGAGGCGGACAUCAUGGCCGUAGUGAAUGAUACUGUGGGAACGAUGAUGACCUGUGGCUUUGAUGACCAGCGCUGUGAAGUCGGCAUCAUCAUAGGUACUGGUACUAAUGCGUGCUACAUGGAGGAGCUGCGCCACAUUGACCUGGUGGAGGGAGACGAAGGCAGGAUGUGUGUGAACACUGAGUGGGGAGCCUUCGGAGACGACGGCAGGCUGGAAGACAUCAGGACAGAGUUUGACAGAGAGGUAGACCGAGGCUCUCUCAACCCAGGCAAACAGCUAUUUGAGAAGAUGGUCAGUGGGAUGUACAUGGGGGAGCUGGUUCGUAUCAUCCUGGUGAAGAUGGCCAGAGAAGGGAUGCUGUUUGAGGGCAGGAUCACCCCCGAGCUGCUCACUAAAGGGAAGUUUGAGACCAAGCACGUUUCAGCCAUAGAGAAGAGUAAGGAAGGGUUGAGCAAGGCCAAAGAGAUUUUAACCAAACUUGGUGUGGAGCCCUCGAUGGACGACUGCAUCGCUGUGCAACAUGUUUGUGCCAUCGUGUCUUUCCGCUCUACCAACCUGAUAGCUGCCACGUUGGCUGGCAUCCUGUGGAGGCUGAAGGAGAACAAAGGAGUAGCACGUCUCCGAACCACUGUCGGUAUCGAUGGAUCUCUGUACAAGAUGCAUCCACAAUACGCCCGUCGUCUUCAUAAGACGGUGCGACGUUUGGUCCCGGACUCUGACGUCCGAUUCCUCCUCUCAGAGAGUGGCAGUGGAAAGGGUGCUGCCAUGGUGACAGCCGUGGCCUACAGACUCGCCGAACAGUCGCGUCACAUCGUCCAAAUACUGUCUGAAUUCCGUCUCACGACUCAGCAGCUGCUUGAGGUUAAGAACCGAAUGAGGAUAGAAAUCCAAAAUGGCCUUUCGAAGAGCACUCAGGAUACUGCUACUGUCAAAAUGCUGCCAACCUUUGUACGAAGCACUCCUGAUGGCUCAGAGAAUGGAGAUUUCCUGGCUUUGGAUUUAGGAGGAACCAACUUCAGAGUUCUGUUGGUCAAGAUUCGUUCUGGGAAGAGGAGAACGGUGGAGAUGCACAACAAGAUCUAUGCUAUUCCUCUAGAAGUGAUGCAAGGAACAGGAGAGGAGCUGUUUGAUCACAUCGUUCAGUGUAUCAGUGACUUCCUCGACUACAUGGGGAUGAAGAACACUCGUCUCCCUCUGGGCUUCACCUUCUCGUUCCCUUGCAAACAGACCAGCCUGGAUGCUGGCAUCUUAGUGACUUGGACCAAGGGAUUCAAGGCGACUGACUGUGAGGGAGAAGAUGUGGUGGGUCUGUUGAGGGAGGCCAUCAAGAGGAGAGAGGAAUUUGAUUUGGAUGUUGUGGCCGUCGUCAAUGACACAGUUGGAACCAUGAUGACCUGUGCUUACGAAGAACCCACCUGUGAAAUUGGGCUGAUCGCUGGCACUGGCAGUAACGCUUGUUACAUGGAGGAGAUGAGGAACAUUGAGAUGAUCGAAGGGGACGACGGACGGAUGUGUGUCAACAUGGAGUGGGGGGCUUUCGGUGACAACGGAUGCCUUGAUGACAUUAGGACUGAGUACGACCGCGCUGUGGACGACUUCUCGCUCAAUCCAGGCAAACAAAGAUAUGAGAAAAUGUGCAGCGGCAUGUACCUUGGUGAAAUUGUGCGAAACAUCCUCAUAGACAUGACCAAGAAAGGAUUCCUGUUCAGAGGGCAGAUUUCUGAAACACUGAAGACCAGAGGCAUCUUUGAGACAAAGUUCCUCUCACAGAUCGAAAGUGACAGACUGGCUUUACUGCAGGUGAGAUCCAUCCUGCAACACUUAGGACUGGACAGCACCUGCGAUGACAGUAUCAUAGUCAAAGAGGUAUGUGGGGUAGUGUCACAUCGUGCUGCUCAGCUGUGUGGUGCGGGAAUGGCGGCUGUGGUUGAUAAGAUUAGAGAGAACCGAGGACUGGACCAUCUGAACGUCACUGUGGGAGUAGACGGGACACUCUACAAACUCCAUCCACAUUUCUCCCGGAUCAUGCACCAGACCGUCAACGAACUGGCUCCUCAGUGCGACGUCAACUUCCUGCUGUCAGAGGACGGCAGUGGGAAAGGAGCUGCACUCAUCACAGCCGUGGGCUGCCGUCUGAGGCAGGAGCUGAACAGCAAAUAGAAAAUCUCCUCCGUCUAACUGUUAUCUCCCCUCUACUCCGGCCUGACCCCACUCCCCCUCUCUCACCCAUCGCCUCCUCCCCUCCUCAAUCAAACCAUUCCAGUCACCACAUCACACUCCAGUUCCUGCUUCUCGCUGUGUGUACGUGACACAGAGAAAAGGAGACAGCUCUGUUGUAGUUACAUUGUAUUUGAUUAACUACUGUAACAGCACCCGGUCUCUUAAGGGUUUGGCAAUUUUGUGAAACUUUUGUGAAACUUAUCUUGCGGAUAAAACACGCACGUUCAAGUCAUAUGCAGGGCAGGGUUAAAAACUGAAAAAAAAAAAAAAGAGAUUGUUAAUGCUCCUCUGUUUCCAUCUAGAGGAAGCCUCUGGUAACUGCAGUCUGUUUCAGAUUUCUCCAGCACACCUAUUAUUAUGAACAGAUUGCACAAAUUUUGAUCACUGUUUUAGACAAAAGUUACCAAAGUAUGUCUGCUGUAGGCGACUCACUGUCUGUACACACAUAAGGGAUACGAGAUGAAAUAUAAAAGUGUAAUGAGAUGAAAGGGAAUAUUUUUGCUUAAAGGUUUUAAUAUCUUACCCAGGUAUAAUACAAUAUGUUAUGCAUACAUUGUUGCUAUUUAUUUUAUUUUUGUAUUGGGAAACGUUACUGUUGCUAUGACUCGCAGAGAGGAAGCCAUACAAGAAGUUCCCUCAGAAAACACCUGUCCUGUAUUUGAGGGAACAAGACCUGUGCUUUGGCAGGAAAUUGCCACGUCGCUGAAUGUGCAUAUUUGAUCUAAUCUAAGAUAGCAAUCUAUAUUACUGUCUGUACUCUAUUGUAAAAUAUGUCCUGUUGUUGGUACUAAUCACAGCUGUUGCUGUUUUAAGAAGUUUCAGGCUUAUCACCACCAUGGUGAGACCUUGCAGUUACUUGGCUACAGCCAUAAAACAGAGAUGUGGUGCUAACACGGAUGUCAGAAGAACAACAAUGGCCAAACAAUGUAUAAGUAUAAAUAUAUAUAUAUAUAUAUGAACAUUGCAGUAACUGAAACAUGUAAGAGCUUAAUGCACAGUUUGGAAAGAACGCAUAUCACUGAACUCACUUUCCAAAAAAGCUCAGGAGAUGGUUAAUUGAACUACUGUACAGCUCAAUCACAUAACAUGAUUCAUUCAAAUUCGAAUUCAAAUAUUUAUUUUCUCUUGGACAAAGUCAAAAUUAGUUAGUUAUUAGUAGCUAAAGUUAUUAAUAAUAACUACCAUAUAUUGAAUGACAUGUUUUCUGCGAAAAUUUUCACUGUAGGGGGCUGACCUUUUUAAAUCAAAUCUGAAGAUAUUUUAAGACUACAUAGGUCAGUGGUGUCCCUGUAGAGCUGCUGUCACUGGCUGGUGCGACUCUUGCUGGAAAAAAAAAACUGCCUGGAAAAAGAAGGCCAGCCUCUAUUGUGUCCUAAACUACUCUGCCUUCAUAUUUUCCCCAAGGUUCUCAGACAAAAAGCCAACCCCACAUAAAACACAAAACACCUUAAUCUCUUUGCUUCUGUUCACAAAGCCUAGACUGAAUCUGUCCAACACUGUCAAUCAGUCGCUAAAUAAAAAUCAAACCUGUGUCAAUCACAA